AUGGCCAUUGUCGACCCGGCGACCAAGCAAUCUGCAUAUUACAUCCGUCCCAGUAGCUGGGCAGAUGGUCUCCGAGGAAUUGCCGCUCUUUUUGUGGUCGCGAGUCAUACCUGCCUCUCCUUUGCGACAUAUCUGAUCCCGCCGUCUUUCGCGGAAACGGGAAACUCUAUUUUAUUUCAGCGACCAUUCUUUAGACUGGUCAUACAGGGCCAGGCCUGGGUAGCCAUCUUCCUGGUGCUACUCGGGUUCGUGAAUGCCCUAAAACCGCUCCAGCUAGCCCGACGAGGAGCUACCACCGAUGCUCUCGCUUCGCUCUCGACAGGCGCGUUCCGUCGAAAGUGGAGACUCGUCUUCCCCGCUGCCCUGAUGACAAUUUUAGCCUGGCUUUUAUGUCAGUUCGGUUGCUUCCAAUUGGGUAGAAGGGUGGAUUCAUACUGGCUGAGAGCGACAAGUCCCCAACCAAGCUUGUCCUUGGGCACUGCCAUCGUGGAUUUGAUACGACAGAUAGCGGGAACUUGGAUGUAUGGAGAAAAUGCCUACGACCAACCGCAAUGGGCAUUACUACCCCUUUUCCGUGGCUCACUAUAUGUAUUCAUGACCCUAUUGGCUUUGGUAAAUACCACGCCACUUUUCCGCCUUUGUGCUCAAAUGGCCCUAUACACCUAUAGCUGGAUAACUCUGGAUGGUACUGUGGGUACGAAUAUUUUCGCUGGCAUGAUACUAGCGGAACUAUCGUUUUACAACCUAACGUCGCUAUGGCCACGCCUCGUCUUCAAAUUCCUACCAUACGGCCUCGUCACUCUGGGCCUUUAUAUCUGUUCGUACCCCGAUCAAUAUGCCGACCAAACUGAAUGGUCUUCGCAGCUCGCAUUGCUUGCCGAAGUCAUCUUCCCAAAAGAUGCCAACGUCAGCCGCUACUACGCCAGUCUUGGGGCACAGAUGAUCUGCUUUGGGGUAAUGCUUUCACCCCUCAUGAGACGGAUGCUCUCCCAUCCCCUGCUGCUAUGGCUGGGUUCGAUCAGCUUCCCACUAUAUCUCGUCCACGGACCACUAAUGCGAUCUGUUCUGGUUUAUCUUCUGUAUUUUCCCAUGUCACUUGGCUUUGAGCCGGCUUUAAGAGCAGAUGGAACGCCUGACCCGGAGUCUUAUAUUCCAACGCCGGGCCCAUUCCGACUUGGGAUUAUUCUGACUAUGUUUUUUGUGUUCUUACUCUAUGUUGUCCAACAGUGGACGAAGCACAUAGAACCAAGGGUGGGUGCACUUACAGCUACCCUUGAGAGAUUCUCCCGUUCAUGGGGUAAGAAUGCGACGUGGACUUCAAAAGGGAAAGAUGAGAUGCUGCCUAUUGCGUCUGUCCGUGAGUUAAAUGUAUAG